GAAGAGGCAGUGUGAGGCUGGGAGCCAGAGGAGCAGCAGGCAGCUGGGCAUCGGGACAAACUAGAAGGACGUUCACUGCAUUGCUAUCCGGGCAACUGUCAUUUCAGGAUCUUAACAUUGGGGCUGGCAAUAGUUUACCCCCUCUGCUCUUGAGUGUCGAGGGAACCCUUUUUUCACAUUCAGUUGGGAGAGCUUUAUCCUUGCUCGGCUACGAGGAACUUGGAAUGGGUGAGUGAUGUAGGGAGGAGGGCGACAGAAGUUGCACCGCGGCUCUGCGAGGAACUGUGCGACAAAGUGACAGCUGGGAAUCAGUCUGAAGAUUAAAGGAGACAUUGGCGAGCAGGACACGAGCCAUAGAGGAGGGACAGUCUGCUGCUGCUGCUGCAAGUGACCCCUGGGACUCCGGCUUGUGAUAUGGUGCUGGAUCUACUUCUGCUGGGACCAUUGGCUCUGGGAUCUGCUUCCUGCUGCUUUUGAUCACUGACCUCCAGCCUGACUCCAGGACACCGGUAUCUUCUAGCAUACAGUGGUUACAAUGCCAGACUCACCGGCUGAUAUAAAGACUCAGACACGGAAUAGCCCAGCCAACAUGCCCCCUCCUUCACCGGCACUGAGCCAAGGGGCCACCCGCAGCUCAUCGUUUACACCAAGCACAAUCAUGAAUGGGAGCAGUCACUCUCCGACUGCCAUUAACGGAGCACCCUCCACCCCCAAUGGUUUUAGCAAUGGGCCCUCUGCCUCCUCCUCUGCUGCACUAACGAAUCAGCAGCUCCCUCCAGCCUGCGGAGCACGGCAGCUUAGCAAGCUCAAGCGUUUCCUUACCACCUUACAGCAGUUUGGCAGCGACAUUUCACCGGAGAUUGGUGAACGUGUGAGGACUUUGGUGCUAGGGCUAGUGAAUUCCACACUUACCAUUGAGGAGUUCCACUCAAAGUUGCAGGAGGCCACAAACUUUCCUCUGCGGCCAUUUGUAAUCCCCUUCUUAAAGGCUAACCUUCCCCUGUUGCAGCGUGAGCUCCUGCAUUGUGCUCGUUUAGCAAAGCAGAGCCCUGCCCAGUACUUGGCACAGCACGAACAGCUUCUUUUUGAUGCCAGUUCGAGUAGUUCCCCCAGUGAUUCCCCUGAGUUGCUCAUGGAGGUGAAUGAGAAUGGCAAGCGUCGGACCCCAGACAGGACCAAAGAGAAUAUACAGGAAGGAGUACACCCUGAUCAUCCUGCCAAGCGCACAUGUACCACAAGCCCCGCACAGAGAUUUAGCCCCAGCAAUGGACUCAUCCACCCUCCAUCUAAUGGACUACCACACCCUACACCACCACCAACUCAACAUUAUCGCCUAGAGGACAUGGUACUGACACACCAUUAUCGACACACAGAGCCACGGGAGAUGCGAGAGCGCCAUCGACAGACAGCUGUCCAUGAAGUAAUCGACCACAGACUUACGGAGCGGGAGUGGGCAGAGGAGUGGAAGCAUCUCAACAACCUUUUAAACUGCAUCAUGGACAUGGUGGAAAAAACAAGGCGUUCGCUAACUGUACUUCGCCGUUGCCAAGAAGCAGAUCGAGAAGAGCUAAACCAUUGGACACGGCGCUACAGUGAUGCAGAGGAUCUAAAAAAGACUACCAGCUCUACAGGUCAACAAACAAGACACCACAACAACUCAUCUAGCACAGAGUCCUCCCCAACUGAACUAACACGGGACUUCCUACACAGGCCUCAAGCAGGAUACAUGCCUGAAGAGAUCUGGAGGAAGGCAAGGACGGUGAACGAAGUGAAGCGACAGGCUAUGUCAGAACUGCAGAAAGCCGUGUCGGAAGCAGAGCGCAAGGCGCACGAUCUCAUCACUUUGGAACGCGCCAAGAUGGAAAGGACACUGGCGGAAGCAAAACGCCAGGCAUCAGAGAAUGCAGCAUCUGUCAUCAAUCAGCAGGAAGACUCAAGUGAGAGCUGCUGGAACUGUGGACGAAAAGCAAGUGAAACAUGCAGCGGCUGCAACACUGCCCGAUAUUGUGGCUCAUUUUGCCAGCACAAGGACUGGGAGAAACAUCACCAUGUGUGUGGUCAGUCUGUACAUCAUCCAUCCAAUGUACCGCCAGCCCCUACUACUCCAGCCACACCAGUGGCCAGUCCCACUGCAAGCAGCUCUGUCUCCCGAUCUGGAACCCCUGCCACUCCGCUACUGCUGGAUACGGCCUCCCGCUAACAAAGUAAACGGACUAGUCAUUCAAAUGUCACUCCCUCCCACAGACAAUUCCACCUGCCACUUUGGAAGAGACACAACCAAUGUUUUGCUGUGUGGCUGGCUUGCUUUAAACCAGAAGUCAACAUGAAGAUGCUUCACACCACUGUAAAACGUUACAUCGGUUCCUUUGUGAAUCUACUGGAUGGAUCUAAGAUUUACAUAAAGGGAGUGCUUACCUAUAACUGCUUUGAAUUUUUUUGGCUUUAAAAUGACAAAAAAAAUCCAAAAAUAGAAAUGUAAAAUGAAACUACCUUGCUAGUCAGCCAAGAAAUGUCCAACACCAAGAACAUCUAAAGGAAUCCAACCCCCCCCCCCCCAUUCCUUAAUUUAUUCCAAACAUUACCAGCCCUGCCAAAGCCCUUUUGACCCUUUUAGUGGAGGGGAUAUUGUGGAUUUUCAUGUCUGGGGAGCAUUGAAGCCUAAAGAGACCAAGGCAUUAGAAUGGAAGCAAGAGAAAUGCACAUCUUAGAAGCUUCUCCAGAGAGGUCACUGUGCUGCUGCACUUAACAUCUGCAUCUUCUCCUCUACCUCUUGUGCAGCAAAUGCCUCUUGUCAUUGUCGGACUGUUGCUUAGUUUUCUUCUUUCAGGCAUUUCUCGAAGAAGAAAUCAGGGUCAUUCUGUCUUUUCCUAUCAGAAAGACUAUGUUCUGAAUCUCUGUCCUGGCCUACUAGUACUGAUUAAUUGAAAGAGGUUACGUAUUGAUAUGCUUGUGAAUUGCUUGAUGGUGGCCAUUGAUGCCCUCAUCAGUUGGGAGUUGAACACAGGGACCCCCUGGCUCGCAUACUUCAGCCCACAGAUGGUAAAAUUGUACAGAACAUUUUUUUUAUUUUCUAUUUAUAAAAGCAAACAAAAUAAUUCCCACAAGGGGGACAUGAGUGCAAUAUGAAAUGUGCAAGGCUACUGAUGACUGGGGGAGGCAGCUACAAAUCAAAAUAAUGAAGGACAAGUCAUGCACAAGAAGAAACUAUUAGCCAGGGGAAUGUGUGCACUGUGAAAAGAAUAUCCAACCAUACCUAAAUAAAUCAUAGAAAGCUGUAAAGCUAAAGUUUGGGGGCGGUAUCAUAAGGCACUUUCUGGAGUAUAAUGCACUGAUAUUUCACUGUCCUUACUGCUGUUUGUAUAAUAUAAGAUGGUGCAUUAA